AAUAAGCAUAUCUCUUAUUUCCAUUUGCAAACUAAUCUGCCAUUGUUGAUUACCAGCCAAAAUGAAGGGUUUUCUAAGAGGUAUAAAAUACGUUUCCCACAUUUUUGAGGGUGAAAAAGAACCAGAAAUGCAAAUUGGACUUCCUACAGAUGUAAAGCAUGUUGCUCAUAUCGGCAUGGAUUGUCCUACUGUAGCUAAACCGAGUUGGAUGAAUGAGUUCAACUCUGAGAUCCCAACAUUAAAUCCUUCAAAUGGUGAUCAACUACAACUGCUGCCUCCUCCUCCAGGAAGUCAGGACUCAUUGUCAGGUAACGGCAGUGAGAAGCCAAAGAAGUCUGGAGGCAAACAAUCAGUAGGAAGUAGCCCAUCUGCGGGGUCCGAGAAGAGUACUAGGCGCCAACGUACGCCGGAAGAAUCUGCUAAUCGAGAUCCAUCUUCCGAUGAAAAGCAGCAACGACGUUCGAGUCAUGACACCAAAUCAUCUUCUCAAGUACCUGACAUCCCCAAAAAAUAUCGGCAAAAGAAAUCAAAGAGAUCGUGUGGCGGAUCGGAGGCAUCUCUGUCGCCGGCCGUAUCAAAUUUUGAGAUCAAAGCAUGA